AUGCACCAUUUUUGGUUACCACUUUUGCUCAAAUUAAUCCCUCUCUCCUCAAUCCUGCCUUGCCAACAGUCGAAAGUGACAGACAUUGCCGUCUCUAAAUCUACCACCGCCAUCGGCCCCUCCAUGUUAGCUCCAUCAGCCUCGGAAGGUGAGGCUCAUUCGCCAGACUUGCUGACCCAGUCAUCCACGCUUUUGGUCACUUCACACAUCGAGCCCCCGGACCUUUCCUGUACCAAAUCUGCCUUUGACUGCCCUUCAUCUGCUGGUCAACCGAACUGCGGGCCGCUUCGUCCCAAUGGCAACCUCGAGCGGGAGAAUUGGCCCAGCUCGGGAUGCCUGGGCAGUCUGCACAGCGAGUCUGCCCAAGACGGGGUGCAGAACUCCAAGUCAGUUUUUCACACUUAG